GCAGCGGCGACGAAAGCCGGCUCUCUACUGGUACGGCACUUUGUGUCAUAGCGAAGCAGCAGCCUGCUGGAGUCACUUCAAAGGUUCUGAGCUGGAUCCUCCGGAGCCCCCUGGUCACAGCGUACGACUGUGCGUAAAAAUGGAGCUGUCGGCGUGCACGCAGCACACUUCUUUACACACGCACAGAGAAACUUGCUUUAAGUGAAGACUGCAGCGUGCAUGGCGGCUUCUUCGCAAAGUGAUGAUGUGAAGUAACACAAUGUGGACCUGAAGCGAGCGAGUCAGUCGAUUGCGCUGAGAAGGAUGCUGAGCGAAGAUGCAGGAGGACAUUUAAGAGAAGCUUACACAUUCCAUAACUCGCCUUGGGCUCUAAAAGUGUGAGCAGGACCACCAUGGAGAAUCUCAGUGAGCUCCAGAAUCCUCUUCUGGACAAAAGCAGCAGACAUGUAGUGCAGAGUUACCAUGGCGACUACCCAAGCCAGCGGUACCAUAAAGACAGCCUUGUGAGCUACUACUACAGCGGGACCAAUGACGAACACAAAUCUCAGCAGUUCCUGGAUGCCACCUCACUUCAUCUUGCAGUGGAAGCUUUCUACAAACCAAACUUGAUCUCGUGUAAGGACAACGUCAGCCUCCACAGCAAAGACUCCAAGAGCGAGAGCUUUGAGACCACCUUCACAGAGAACAAGGACGCAAUGUUGGGUGAGGACUCCAUGGAGAACCACAGUGUGGACAGCGCACAAAGACAGAAGGAUGUGAAGAUUCAGACGGUGUCAUAUGAAGUGGAAGACGAGCAGGUUCCUGAGUAUGAGAGUGACAGCUCAAGCGAAAGCGAGAGUGAGGACAACUUCUUGGUGCUUCCACCUCGAGAUUACCUGGGCCUCGCCAUCUUCUCCAUGCUCUGCUGCUUCUGGCCUUUGGGCAUUGUUGCCUUCUACUAUUCUCACAAGACUGGCAAGGCCGUCGCUAAGGGAGAUUUUUCCAGAGCAGGAAUGAGCUCCAGGAGAGCCCUUUUCCUAGCUGCUCUGUCCAUUACCAUCGGCACAGGGAUGUAUGUGGGGGUGGUGGUUGCCCUCAUAGCCUACCUGUCCAAACCUGGACAUGUAUAGCACUUCUACAGAGGGACACAUGGCAGGAGGAUGAGGGGGAUGGACUUCAUCACGCCUGAAGCCUGCUGGAUGUCAAUGAAUGGAGAGAAUAAACAACCAAGAAGAGAAAAAGAAUCAAACACGAGGACUUACUCACUGGGAUGAAACUGCCCUCAAAGAAGAAAAGCCUCCUUAUUCAUUCAUUCGUGUUAGACCACCUGGCUUCUUGUAUACCUUGUCAAUACAAUUACACUGUCCGUGUUCAAAAAAACAAAAUGAGUUUCCAUGACUUCAAAAAUACACAAACUAGAUGUCACUGUGUACACAAAACUGCUAAGCAGUGCUCGAUGGGAAUAUUUAUCUUUAUUCUGUACUUCAAAUGGAAUAAAUAAAGACAUUUGGCAUGGA